UGCUACCAAAUUGUGAUGUUUUGGAUAUGAUAGUAUUAUGGUAUUCUAUGCAUCUCAGUUUGGUUUGUAUAACUUAUAUAUUAUUUCUAUAGUGUGCAUUGUUUGGCAUUUUCUGCUUUUGGUCUUGUGAGAUCCUUGCCUCAUCAGGUCAUUAUCUGAGGUCUUGUGAAUAGUGCACAAUUAGUAAAUUCUAUCUCAAGCACUUUAUCCAGCUUAUAGCCAACAUUACCUGACCCUACUGACCUGCCUAGCUCAGUUCAGCCAAUCAGAUACUUUCUUUUGGUAUCGUUUACUCCUCUGCCCAGCCUCUAUAAAUAUAAAUGUAGUGUUUAAGUUGAAUGUGCCAUUACAUUGAUUCCAAUUCUAUUCUUUGCAUGUAAACCAUUAGUUAUUUACAUUGUUUAUCUCUUGUAAUAAAAAUUAAACACCAUAUUGUAUGACAGAGCACUUGACAGAUAUCCCCCAGAAGUGUUGUUAAGGUUCUGACCUUUGACCAUGGAAGGUUCUUGUUAGCUCAGGUCUUCUCUGCUGUGCAUCAUGUGACGUCAGUGAUAGAUGCUUUGAGUAGCCAGGGCAUGAGUGCUGAGUAAGUAAUCCUAUUUGCGCAACUUGAGCUUCCGUCUCGCUUACGGCGUGGCAAUCUGUUGAUCACUUCUCAGCUCAAUGAAUCAGAAAAACAUGUUCUUCUCUCUCAUGAAGUUAAAGUUGGAAUAUAGAUUGGGUAGGUAUUUUGCCCAUGUGCGUUUUGAAAAGAGCAUAACAUGUUGAGCGUAACAACAUGUAGGAUGAAGAGAAUCAAAAGAACGAAUCUUUGAUGGAGCUGAACAAGUGGAUUUCUCAAAGAGCAGCAAAAUGUACAAAGAAGCCUUGGGACAUUUAUUAUCUAACAGAUGUGGAUGACCCUUAAUGGGCCACCUAAGCUCUGAACGGAGAUUCAGCGAGUCCAUAUUUCAUGGGUAAAGGUGGCAAGAUAAACCUGUAGUUGCCAUGGUAACCUUCAGCGAUACGACUGACAUCCACAGGAUGCCGGCACCAUCUUGUAUACCCACUCCACUGUCGCCAGGCUUGCGACGCAAACAACUGCUGUGGCAGAACGCUGUCAAACACAUCAUCAGCCAACAGGGGCUGAGACAGCAGUUUGGCGUCGAGCCAGCCCGGAAAAUUCACGUCACUGAUGCCUAUAUUGAGGAAAUCAACCGACAGAUACGGAGCAAGGCAUCACGGGGUAUGACUAAAAGGCGUUCCUCGGUUGCCAGAGUUCAUCCGUCCUUUUUCGGGGAACGUAGCAGUUCAUCCAGUACUCAGACUGGAGCAUCUGCGGACUAUGUCAGCGAUGCUGACUUUUUUGUACACUGGGGCCACAUCAUCCACGGGGUGUAUGUACCAACAUUGAGACAUAUCUUCAAAUCCAGAGACCUUGAGAAACUCUACCAGCGCCAUUCCUCACACACUAGAAGAACUUCAUUAGUCGUCACCAACAUUAUUGAUGCAGCUGCCAAACUGCACCUGCUUUUGCUGUACCUGGCCCUGGUGCCAGACAGUUCGGAUAUGCUGCUAGGCUGGUUUACGGGGUUCUUCAUGGCUUGUGCAAUUGCUCUGUGUGUUUUGGUACUCACCUGUAAACGCUCACAUUCCCCAAGAUGGUUGCAUUACGCUGGUAUGGCUAGCUGGUUGUCACAGACUGCUCAGGUAUUGGGUGGGCUGGCAUUUGGGUUGGAGGGAGACCAAUCCUGGUAUGUUCUUUUCACCCUGUUUGCCACAUACACUCUGUUGCCACUGCCACUGCUUUGGGCUAUCGGAGCUGGUACAAUCACCUCCAUACUGCACCUUGUUGCAGAGUUAAUACGUCAUGUCAGCGAAGUGGGACUGCUAAGAAAGAUUGUCGCCAAGGCUUUACUAUACACAAGCAUGAAUGUGGCAGGUCUGUUCAUCCAUUACCUGACCGACCGCUCCCAGAGACAAGCUUUCCUUGAGACACGCCGCUGCAUCGAAGGCCGCAUGAAACUAGAAACGGAAAACCAUAGACAGGAGCGUUUGGUGCUGUCGAUCCUGCCCCGCUUUGUUGCCUUGGAGAUGAUUGCUGAUAUGACUUCUAUGGAUGAUGAUCUUGAUCCACAGCAGUUUCACAAAAUAUAUAUCCAUCAGUACAAAGACGUCAGUAUCCUCUUUGCUGAUAUAAAGGGCUUCACACUGUUAUCCAUGAACAUGUCUGCUCAGGAGUUAGUGCGCUUACUCAAUGAGCUCUUUGGACGUUUCGACCGGCUAGCUGAGGAAUAUGACUGCUUGAGAAUAAAAAUCUUAGGGGACUGUUACUACUGUGUAUCUGGGGUACCAGAGCCUCAGCGAGCACACGCCCGCUGCUGUGUGGAGAUGGGACUAGCUAUGAUCAGCACCAUACGAUCUGUAAGGAAACAACUAAACUUUGACAUGGAUAUGCGAAUUGGGAUCCACUCUGGGUCUGUUCUUUGUGGGGUUCUGGGUCUACAAAAAUGGCAGUUUGAUGUGUGGUCCUGGGAUGUAGGCAUUGCCAACAUGCUUGAAGCAGGGGGGAUCCCUGGACGCAUCCACAUUUCACGUGCUACUUUGGACUGCCUAGAUGGAAGCUACCAAACGGAGGACGGCCGUGGAUAUGAACGCAACGAGUUCCUGCGAAAACACAAGAUUGACACUUUCCUUAUCUGCCACAAGGAGGAGGACCUAGAUGAAAUUGAGGCAGAUCAUUUAAAAACUCGGCAAAACCACCGCCCCUGGAACAAAGAGAUCUUGGCCUCCUUCUCCCAUGGCUCUUACACACAACUUCCUACAUCCUCAGUGUCCAGAUCUACAUCCAAAGAGAUCAACAAGCGGAUAGAGCAUGCUAUCGAUCUCCGCAGCAGUGAACGUAUGCGUCAGGAGCACAUCACUCCAGCCACGUUGGUGUUUAAGGACACACUCAUUGAGGAGAAGUUCUCACAGGUAAGGGAUGAGAUGUUCAAGACCAACCUAGUAUGCUCCUUCAUCAUGUUUCUUCUUCUCAUGGCUGUCCAAGCCCUCAUUUCUGUACCAAGGUUGUAUUACUGGACAGCAUUGCAGUUCUGUCUGUUCUUGUUGGGUUAUCUGUUUUUGCUUAUGAUAGUCCUGGCCGAAGAGUUCAAACAAUGUCCCGGUGUCCUUCAGCAGUUCUGCUGCUGGAUUCAUGAAAACAACAGUAUGCGGAACCUUCUCACUGUCACAGCCAUAGCCAUCAACUUUGGCAUGGCUUUGUUUGACAUGAUAUGGUGUAACUCUUCUGAGACAAAAGAAGUAAGCACUGGUGAAACCGAGGAAUAUCAGUCCAACCAGAAGCCACUUACUGCUUGCACAUACCCAGAGUUCUUCGUUCUAAGUGCGGUGGUUUCUAUGGUGACCUGUGCUGUGUUCCUGAGGCUGAGCUCUCUCCUAAAGUUGGCUUUUCUGUUGCUGGUGGUGGCCAUUUAUACUUACUUCAUUGAAGUGUCCUUCCACAUGUUGUAUGUACAUCAACCAGAGCAGGAACAGCCAAGUAGGUCUCAUUACCUCAGAAGAAAGGGAGUCUCAAUUCUGUUGAUGGCGAUGUUUGUCAUAGCUGUGUUCUACAAUGGUCGACGGUGGGAGGCAACAACACGGCUGGACUUCCUGUGGCGUUUGCAAGCUCAGCAGGAAGUGCAUGAGAUGAGAGAUCUGAGGGAACACAAUGAGUGUCUGCUGCAUAACAUCCUGCCUGCACACGUUGCUCGUCACUUCCUAGAGAGGAACAGAAAUGACCAGGAGCUGUAUUCUCAGUCCUAUGAUGAGGUGGGGGUAAUGUUUGCCUCCAUUGCUGGCUUUAAUGAGUACUAUGAGCAGAAGGAGAUCAAUCACGAGGGAGUUGAGUGCCUCAGACUGCUCAAUGAGAUCAUUGCAGACUUUGAUGAGCUGUUGGAGGAGACAUAUUUUUUGGACAUUGAGAAAAUCAAAACCAUUGGAAGCUGCUACAUGGCAGCAUCUGGUCUAUCACCUGAUAAACAGUCUCGUGUUGUGAAUAACUGGCAUCAUCUCAGUGAGUUGGUUCUGUUCGCUCUGGCUAUGCAAGAGACCCUGACAGAGUUCAACAAAAAACAUCCCUCAAACAAUUUCCAGCUCCGCGUUGGAAUUGCCCAUGGUCCUGUUGUUGCUGGAGUCAUUGGUGCCACCAAACCCCAGUAUGAUAUCUGGGGCAUGACAGUGAAUUUGGCAAGUCGAAUGGACAGUACUGGAGUCAAUGGAAGGAUUCAGGUCCCUGAGGCCACACGUAAUAUUCUAGCAGACUGGGGCUUUGUGCUAGAGUUGCGUGGUGAGAUAUACAUAAAGGGUGUCAGUGAAAGAAAGGGACAUGUCCGAACAUACUUCAUCAGCACCAAAAGGCGUCAGCUGUCAAGCAAUGGGCUUACAGAGAGAGGAAAGAACGGACGGAGUGGGAGGACCACUCUCGCCACUGUGGUCUAUGGCCUUGUACAGGCCAUUCAAAGAGAGAAAAAGAAAGGCACCAAUGGAGGUUUCACUCUGCCAAACAACAACUUUAACAACUGUGAUAUAAAACAUCACACUUCACCAUAACUUGAUGGACACUCUGUUGAAACAUUGCCUUCAUCUUCAAAAGGAUACCUCAAAUAUCAUAGAAAAUCCUUAUAUGAAUUUGUCUAGAGAACACAAGUAGAAUAAUGACUAUUUUUGUACCCAUUUCAUAAAUACUGUAUAUUUUCAUAAAUUACUUUUGGGCCACACAUUUAGUAGGGUUGUUGAUACGCUACAUACUUUGAAAAUUUGCAUAUAUUUUACUUUGCUACAGCCAAUUUAAACAUGUUCAGAUAAUCAUGUGAAAAAUGCUGUUUACGGAAUUGUUUCCCAUCCAUGCCAUGAAAGCAUAAAAAUACCUCAUAUGUACCAUAGAUACAAACUGUGCACAAACUGUUACUUCGUUUUUUUUGUAUUGCACAGAUUUAGAAAAAUGUUCAAUAUUUUUUAACAUCUAUAGUAUUUGUUUUUAAGGUUGAAAUAUUUAUAAUGUAGUAAUAAUACUUUAUCUUUUUUCUUUACUUUUUCUGCAUUUACA